AGCUUUGGAUGUUUUCGUGAGCAGUGUGCUUUGCGUGUUAUUUUUCUACCGAAUAGCAUCAUGGAUUGUGAGAAAAUGGGGAAAUUGCCUGUGCCGAGAACGGACAGUGUAAGAGUGGCCGUGCGGGUGCGGCCGUUCAGCCAGAGAGAAAAGAACUCUGGAAGCCAGUGCGUGAUUUCCAUGCACGCCCGAAGCAUCACCAUCCGGGACCCUAAGGAUGCAGAGCUUGUGAAGACCUUUACCUUUGACCUCGCAUAUUGGUCUCAUGAUGGGUUUCAAAAGGAUGAAGACGGUGUUCUUAUCCCAUCCGAUCCCACCAGUAAAUUCGCAGGCCAGAGCGAUGUCUUCCACGAUAUCGGAAGGGGAAUUCUAGACAGUGCCUGGCAAGGCUACAAUGCUACUCUCCUGGCCUACGGCCAGACGGGCUCUGGAAAAAGCUACUCCAUGAUUGGCUACGGCGCAAACAAGGGUAUUAUUCCAAGAGUCUGUGAAGAGCUCUUCCAAGCUAUUGAGAAGCAAAAGGAGAGUCUAGAAGCCCAGGUCAUGUUUAGCAUGCUGGAGAUCUACAACGAACAGAUCAGGGAUUUGCUGUCGCGAACCAAAGCUCCCGGAGGGUUAAGAGUCAGGGAGGAUCAACGGCUGGGGUUUUUUGUGGAAGGUCUGAAGUGGGUGCCCUGUGAGGAUUCUGUACAAAUUGAGAAGCUGGUGGAGCAAGGAUCAAAAAUCAGGAUGACAGCGUCCACCAACAUGAACGCCAGCAGCAGCCGGUCCCACAUGCUAAUCGCCAUCCGGUUCAAGCAGGUUUUCCUGGACACAGCUCUCACCAAACAAUCCAGCAUCAACAUGGUGGACUUGGCAGGGAGCGAGAGGCAGAGAUCAUCAGGGUCUGAAGGAGACCGUCUGAGGGAAGGAUCAAGGGUCAAUUUAAGCCUAACCAAUUUAGGGAACGUCAUCAGUGCUCUGGCUGACUUGGCCAUGGGGAAGAAAGUUCUGCAUAUUCCCUACAGGGAUUCUGUUCUGACCAAACUGCUCCAGUCAGCUCUGGGUGGAAACAGCCGGACAACACUGAUUGCAGCCCUAAGUCCCGCUGACAUCUGCUACGAGGAGACCUUGUCGACGCUGAGAUAUGCGGAGAGGGCUAAGAAGGUUCGGAACAGAGCUGUAAUCAACACCUGUCCACUGGUGAGAGCGUCCAGGGCUGAGAAUGCUCUGCUGCUUGGAUUCGGGGGUGCUGGAGCAGCAGAGCACUCAGCCUGUUUCUGGGCAGAACAGCAACUGGGGACUUGGGGAACCUGGGCCCAGCUGCUGGAGCAGGCACGGAGAGAGUGGGAGCAACAGUACAUGGCUCUCGCACAGGAACAGCAGAUGGUAAAGAUUCUCCCACACCUUCUCAAUGUCAAUGAAGACCCACAGCUGACGGGGGUCCUCAAAUUCUUCAUUCACAAUGGCUCCUGUGAGGUUGGUCGGGCUGCUUCAAACGCCAUCUGUCUUCAAAGCCUGGGCAUUUCAGAUAAGCAUGCUUCCUUCACGAACAUGGAUGGUAAAGUGACGGUCGCUCCACACAUCACGGGCAAAGUCAUUGUCAAUGGGGUACCUGUCAGCAGCAGGACAAAGCUGCAGCAUUUGGACCGCAUCAUCUUGGGAUCCAACAGUGCCUUCCUCUACAUUGGGUUUCCCUCAGAGCGAGGUGCUGAGGACCUGGGCAGAUUCGACUAUGACUUUUUCCAGAUGGAGAGGGCAGCUGCCGAGGGAGUGAGUGUGGACAUGCUUGGUACGGCGAGCCCUGGAGAUGACCAAGCCGACCCCAGCAUCUUAGCUGUGUUCCAGGACUACAUCAAACUCAUGCCGCUAGUUGUGGAAGCAAAUCAGAUGAGUGAGGAGUUGAAGAAGGGGCUUAAAAUGGAACUGAAGGUGAAGAAUUUAGCAUCGUCAGAUUCCAGGGGCUGUGACCUCCAGAAAGAGGUCAUGGUGAAGGUGACCAAACAAGGGACUCAUGAGGUAUGGAUUUGGUCAAAAGCCAAGUUCAUCAACAGAAAAUUCCUCAUGGAGGAACUUUACCAGCGUUUCCUAGAGAGCAGAGACAGCCACGUGGCUCAGGAAGAUGACCCUUUCUGGGACCCUGUGGAGGUCCUUCACUUGGGCUCAGCACAUGUCUGGCUGCAGUCCCUGGCUCACCGCAUGAUGCUGGAGGAGCAGGUGGAAUUCCUCAACUGCGAAGGGCUGGAGGAGGCAGUGCUGCACAUUCAAAUAACCCCCUGCUCCCCAGAGGGAUGGGCACACGGUGAGGAAGACACGGUUAUUGACCCUUUGGAGCUACUGGGCAAGAGGAUUGACUUCCAGAUUCACAUCGUCCAGUGCCUUGGUGUCAAAUGGCUAAAAGAAGAUGCAACCCGGGGCAUUCAGCUGGGGUACAAAGUUUAUGAUCUUCCGAAUACUUUGUAUACCAAACCUGUGUGGCAAAGUGUGAAUCCCAGAGUUGAAGAGUCCGUCCACUUUGCAGCCUUGGGUGUGUCUCGAGAGUUUCUGAACUACUUACUGACGAAUGCCCUCGUUGUGGAUUUGUGGGGCCUCCAAGAAGGCUGUGCUCACUUGGGUGUCUCUCAGCCGGAUGUCCUGUUCACAGGGGAAGGCUACAUCAUGGUAGACACCAAGACAUUUUCCAGUGUGAAAGAUAUCACGUCCAACCAGGUGCCAGAACUUUAUCAGAAGCUGCUCAAGUUAGAGCAGGAGACGGAGCUGCUGAGAGAUAUUAACAGGGCCCUCAGAGGAGAGAACGUGUAUCUCAAGGCUGCACUAGAGAAUGCUGGUUCUGCUCCACAGGGCGAGAGACGGUACCACAAGCCAGAUAAUCCAGAAGGAGCUACAGUGACAGCUGCUGGAGAGGCUAAGCAAAUGUGUGCUCAGCGAGCCAGCUCUGACUCACAGCUGGCCAGAGCUCUGAAGGUGUUCUAUGGAGGCAUGAGUGUGGCCAGAGGACAGCUCCUCCGACUGAGGCAAUGCAGACCUCCCGAAGAUGACCAAAUGCUUCGGCCUUUUGUGCACCAGCAGUCCCAGAUGCUAAAGGAUUUGGAGGACCUGUUGGAAUCCAGUUUACAGAAGUUAAAAUCUGAUGUUGCUUUCAUAGUGAAGAAGAAGAAAGAGUAUCUCCUGCCCAGGGGACGGUGAGGAUGAGCCAGCUAAAAACUGCAAACACCUCGGACUCAAGAAACUUCAUAGACUCAUGUAACACUUGCCUCUUUUCCCACAAGGACUUGCUGUGUGGGACAGAAUUGCCUUCUCUUGUCCUAAUACAAGGAUCACAACCUGUGCCACCACCGCACUGGGCUAAGCUUAACUGAAUUUAAAACUCCUGUAAAAAAUACUGGGUGGUAGUG